AUAGCAAGUAUUGCAUGGUGGUGAUUAGCUUUGAAUAAAUCCAACUGUUGACCUGAUCAAACAGAACCCUAUAAUCUUUAGCCAUAGAGGCGGCAUUCGACGCUAACUUGCCUCCAGUAGGAGUUUGAACAGCAACUGAACAAGUAUCGAACGAUCAUCCCGAAUGAUCAACAGAGCCGAUAGCAAUGUCGUUGAAAUGCAAAUUGUUGUGCGUACUUCUGGUGCUUCUAGUGAGUAGGUGGUCCUCUGUGUAUGGGUCCAGUGCUUCGGAAAUUGUUCCACCGAUCUAUCGUUACGACGAUUUUGAAAAGUGUCAACAGGUUAACUCUCCGGGAGUGUUCUGCUAUGUUCGUAUAGUGCUGGAAUCCGAUGCGGAUCCUAUUGACACACCAAGCAGGAUUGUGACGCGCUUUCGACGGAAUCAGCUGGAUUGGGGAAUUUGCGUGGCCGAUUGUCAGAGAGAGGUAGCUCUUCUCGAUGCAAGUGCAAGGCAACGAUUGUUGCAGCCGAAAAUUGAUGUUAACUUCACGCAUAUCUUUAGGUUAAAGCAUACCCGCCACAAGUUGCAAGAGUACAACGCAAAGUACAGCCAGCUGAUCAACAUUUGCGUCAACAACCGCUUGGAACUGGAUUACCAUACCCCGCAGCAUGGUUACUCGGAGAUUGAGCACUGCUUGACCAAUGACCCGCUGGAGGCUCGCAGUGACUUCGACUGGCUGUCGGUGGGGUUCAUCGCGAUAGUCGUAGCGUUGGUAAUUGCCGUUGUUGCAGCAAAUGUUUUAGAAUGGCUGGGCGAUGUACAAAUCAAAGAUCAUAUCGUGGUGUCUUCGUUUUCGCUUCACCGGAAUUGGACUCGCUUCACCGAAGUCAACAAAUCGGAAGUUUACAAAGACUUUGGUUACGUCGACGGAUUGCGUGUGUUCAUAAACAUCUAUGUGCUGAUGAUUCACUGCUUGUUGGUGUGCGUUGUACUCCCCGUUACCAACCCGGAAUCUGCUGAACGACUUCUGGAAAGUCGGUUCAUGUUGAACUUUACAUCCACGGCUCCGAUUUCGGUGCAGACGUUCUUCGUCAUCAGCGGAAUGUUGUUGAUGGUGAACUUCCUCAAGGACGUGGAGCGCAAACCGCAGUUCAGCGUCGAAUACUUUCGCACGAAGAUUACCAAUCGAUGGAUCCGGCUGCUACCGGUUUACUAUUUCUUCCUGUUGAUGGCUGCGGUAGGCCACGCGCUUCCGGGACUAAAACUAGGUGCUCUGGGAUACAGUUCACUGGUUGUCGAGCGCAGCGUAUGCAGGGAACGUGGGUGGGAGAACGUGCUGUUCGUCAACAAUCUUCCUAUCAGCAAUGAAAGGUGUUUUCUCCACGGCUGGUACAUGGGCGCUGAUCAGCAGUUGUUCCUGGGUGCUAUGGCGGUGUUAGCUCUGAUCUGGAAGUUCCCAAAGCACACCUUAGCUAUACUGACGACUUUACUAGUGGUUGCAAAUAUUGUUACUCUCAGUAUUAUCUACAAGCUCGAACUGGAACCUGUUAUGCCUAUUAGAUAUAGUGAUCUGAAGUUCUUGCUAUCGUAUCAGCCGUGGUUUUCACACAUUUAUAUGCCUCCCUACACUAAUGCAAAUGGUUUUAUCAGUGGAUUGAUUGUUGGAUAUCUCUACCAUGAAACAAAACGGCGACGGCUGAAUCUUAAAGAUUCAAAGAUAUACAUGAUUCUUCGGAAAAUCACUACUCCUCUGGUUGCCGUCGGAUUCCUAUCGCCGUUCCUUUUUUACGAAUAUGACUUCAGACGAUCAUCUUGGACGGUACUUCUACAUUCAAUUGUAUAUCGUAAUUACGGUGCCCUUGCAGGCUGUAUGUGUUUUAUCUACUGCUUCAAAGCUCAGCCAGGCUUCUUCCGGCGUUUCCUGGCCUCUCGACCAAUGACCAGCUUGGGAAAACUGUCCUACAGCGUGUACGUACUUCACGUUCCGUUGGUUCGGAUAAUGUUGAACUACGUUCCCGCAUUGCCGGAGGUAUCCCUACCCCACAUUGCUUCUCUUCUGCUGUCGCUAAUUGUACUGUCGUACGCAUUUGGGUUGGUGGUAUAUUUGUUCCUUGAACAGCCAAUGAGCUUGCUACUAAAGUAUUGGAUCCUCGAGCGACCGUCCGGGAAGAUUAAAAAGACUACGUAAUUUUGUGAUGUUUUUUAAAGAUGAUGUAAUAAAGAUUUUAAAAAUUAUUAACUAUUAUACCAACAA